UGGGCGGUUCCGACUGCCUGACGCCAGCGCGACCAGAUCGAUCCAGGCGCCGGGAGCGAGCGGGCGCGCGGCGGCGGAGGCCAGGGCCGCGGAGCCGCGGAGCCGGGAGCAGCGGAGCGCGGGACCCGGCGCCCGGGCUCGUGCGUCCCCGCCGAUGGGCGCACCGCCGAGCCGGUGCUAGCUGGAACGGGAGGAACUGCAUUUUCUACCUUUUAGAAGCGCAGACCGAGAGGCUAAAGAGAACCUAUGUGAAGAAGCUGUGUUCUCUCGGCCCGACCCUGCUGGAGCUGUGAGCCUCACCGUCUGAGGAGUGUGUGGAACUCGACCAGUCGCUAUGAAUGUGACCAGUUUGUUUUCCUUCACAAGUCCAGCUGUGAAGAGACUCCUAGGGUGGAAGCAGGGUGACGAGGAAGAAAAAUGGGCAGAGAAAGCUGUGGACGCUUUGGUGAAAAAACUGAAGAAGAAGAAAGGGGCCAUGGAAGAGCUGGAGAAGGCCCUGAGCUGCCCAGGGCAGCCCAGUAACUGUGUCACCAUCCCCCGCUCCCUGGACGGCAGGCUGCAGGUGUCCCACCGGAAGGGACUGCCACACGUCAUUUACUGCCGCGUGUGGCGCUGGCCGGACCUGCAGAGCCACCACGAACUGAAACCCCUGGAAUGCUGUGAGUUUCCAUUUGGUUCCAAGCAGAAAGAGGUCUGCAUCAACCCCUACCACUAUAAGCGAGUGGAAAGCCCUGUUCUCCCCCCGGUGCUGGUUCCGAGACACAGCGAGUACAACCCUCAGCACAGCCUUCUGGCUCAGUUCCGCAACCUGGGACAGAACGAGCCGCACAUGCCGCUGAACGCCACGUUCCCAGACUCCUUCCAGCAGCCCAAUAGCCACCCGUUCCCCCACUCCCCCGGCAGCAGUUACCCCAACUCCCCCGGCAGCAGCAGCAGCACCUACCCUCACUCCCCCACCAGCUCGGACCCAGGCAGCCCUUUCCAGAUGCCAGCUGACACCCCCCCGCCUGCUUACCUGCCUCCUGAAGACCCCAUGGCCCAGGAUGGCUCUCAGCCAAUGGACACGAAUAUGAUGGCACCUUCACUGCCCUCGGAAAUCAACAGAGGAGAUGUGCAAGCGGUCGCCUACGAGGAGCCAAAGCACUGGUGCUCCAUCGUGUACUAUGAGCUCAACAACCGGGUGGGGGAAGCGUUCCACGCCUCCUCCACCAGCGUGCUGGUGGACGGUUUCACCGACCCUUCCAACAACAAGAACCGGUUCUGCCUCGGGCUGCUCUCCAACGUCAACCGGAACUCCACCAUCGAAAACACCAGGCGACACAUUGGAAAAGGGGUGCACCUUUAUUACGUUGGAGGGGAAGUGUAUGCCGAGUGCCUCAGUGACAGCAGCAUCUUCGUGCAGAGUCGGAACUGCAACUACCACCACGGGUUCCACCCCACCACUGUCUGCAAGAUCCCCAGCGGCUGCAGCCUGAAAAUCUUCAACAACCAGGAAUUUGCUCAGCUACUGGCACAGUCCGUGAACCACGGUUUCGAGACAGUGUAUGAACUCACCAAAAUGUGCACUAUUCGGAUGAGCUUCGUGAAGGGUUGGGGAGCAGAGUACCACAGGCAGGACGUCACCAGCACCCCCUGCUGGAUCGAGAUCCAUCUGCACGGCCCUCUCCAGUGGCUGGAUAAAGUCCUCACCCAGAUGGGCUCACCCCACAAUCCUAUUUCAUCGGUGUCUUAAGGGCCUCGGACUUCUGUCUCUUGCAAACUCUUGAGCCUUGCAUGUACUUGAAGGAUGGAUGAGUCAGACAGGAUGAAAAGCCGACAAAAGAGCCUUGAUAAUACUUGACCUCUGUGACCAACUGUUGGAUUAAGAAAUUGACAAGCCUUGGUAACAUGCUAUUGAUAUCGAGAACCUGUUUAGUUUACAUUGUGAAUUCUGUUGUAAAAUCAACUAAAAUGCUGACCUUUAGCAGAACUUUUGUGUAUAGUUUAAAAAAAAAAAAGAGAGAGAGAUGGCCAAGCCAGGGACAAAUAUCUGUUAGGGAAACUAAGCAAUCCUUUUGGCAGAAGGCCGGCAUCAGUAGUCUUUCUGAGGUGUACUUCUCGUCAGGUUCAGAGCUCACAUCGAAUCAUCUUCUCAUGGUUUUCAUGAUAUUGUAAAAUAACUUGUUUAGAAAUGAAUGGUUUUUGUUUGUUUUUAAAGUAAAGGUUAAUCUUUAUGACAUGCAUAGUAAUCUUUGUAAAACUGUGCCCUGGCUAUACUGCUGUCAGAAUGAUAUCAGGCAUAUGCUCCCUGCUAAAUAUGUAUAUACAGAACCUUUGGAGGUCAUGAUCACUCUAAACGGAUGUAGAAGGUGUCUGAGGGGCGGGUGGGGUGAGGAAGUGACAACGCAGAUGUAGGCCAGACCAUAAAGUUCAGUUUGCUGCCUUAAGCGAACAUGCUGGUGUCUGAACUUGCUGUGGUUCCGUUUUCUUAGAGUCUGCUCUGACCUUGCUUUCUUUUCUUCUGUCUUGUCCACUCCACAGCACGUUUAAGCAGCUGGUUAGUCCCUGUGUCUGUGAGAGCAAGUGGUCGGUUUCUUCUAUUCACAAAUCAACUGGCUCUAUAUUUCAGUACCCAGUACAUGAAAGACUUGACUUCAGUAAGCAAGUUUUACAGAGUUUACAGUUCAGACACAGGCUUUAAUUUCCAAAUAAAUUGUUUGCCAAACCUUAGUCACGGGUUUAAAGAAUCUCUAUUGGAAUCCACAUCAAAUGGUCUUGUUUGGUUUUGGUUUUUUGUACUGUUUCCUUUUGUUUUCUUCUGUUAAUUUUUUCUAUUCUCCUUUGCCCUUAUACAUUGAGUACUUUUAUUCCAAUGCUAGCAGGGUUUUCUCUACUGGAAAAUUUUAAAUAAACCUGUCAUUAUUGCGUACUUUGAUUAAAAA